GAGAAAAAUAAAGAGUGGUGGGCAAUUUUAGUUUAACUGAAAUUUCUGAUAUAAGAAAAGCGUGGAACAACGUGUAACGCAGCUCCGGAGUCGGUGGUGGUCGAGAUCCGGCGUCACCGGAUCCGAAGGUCAUGAAGGUUUCGAGCGGUGUGGUCGCUUCUGUGAUUGCCUUCUCCACCGCUGUUCUCUCUUCUUCCUCCACUCCUCCCCCAAUCUCCCAAAAGGUUUGGGAAUCGAGGAAGACGAAUGGGUCGGAGAAAUUUGAGCCGAGGUUUGAUGGGUUAAGGUUCAUAGAGACGCUGGUCACAGCACACAGAUAGAUUUCAAAUCCCAUUCUUCACUUGGGUGGUUCAAAAGCUUUUGUUUUAUUAUACAAAGCAUGAGUGCGUCACUUGGCUCUCUUAAAUCUAAUCAUUCAUCUUCAAUUUGUUGUCUUCUACAUACUCUCUGUAUUGAGAAUUUAUUAACAUUCUUUUGCAUUCAAGGGAUAUGCUAAAUUGAACUCUUUGUUGUGCUAAACUUUGUUUCAUAUUAAUUACCUAUUUCGUA